GCGUACUUCCGAAAAACCCGCGCGCGCGGGAGAGGGAUCGACACAAACACCGGGCCCGACGCAGCCGCGACACCAGUCACCGUCAGUCGUACACACACCGUCCAAAGCGAUCGCCAUGCAACACGGCGGCCGCUGUCGUCGAUACCGUCGUAGUAGUAGUUGUUGUUGUUGUUGUUGUGGUCGUCGUUAUUGUUAUUGUUGGUUAUUACCGAACGGUACGGCCGCCGACAGUGUCGAGCUCGAUUCGCGUGUUGUUGUGCACGGCAGAAAAUCAACGAUGACGGCACACCGACAACGACGCCGCCCCGGUCACGCUGCUGCUGCGAUAACAACAACGGCACCGUCGUCGUCGCGCCAAAUAAUAAUAUAAAAUAUACGAUUUAUUAAACGGUUUCGCAACAAAUCGUAUAAUUUAUUAUUAUUAUUAUUAUCGUAAUUCGUAAUAAUACAUUUUAUCGUUCCGAACGUUGUCGCCGUCUGCCUUCAACGUCCCACCGUCGUCGCCUUCCCGUCGUUUGUCGUUCGUUUGAUGCACAACGAAAAACGUUAUUAUUAUUCGAUAAUCGAAUAAAUUUUUACUCUGUCGCACAUUUCGCCGAGAGCAACCGUCGCGAUAUAUUAUUAUUAUUUUUUUUAAUUAUUAUUAUUUUUAUUAAUAUUUUAUACAGUGCGCCGUCGGUCGCGCCGCGUUUGUCCGUCGUCGCCAUUGAUAAGUGCGUAAGGCGUAACUCGUAAUAAUUAGUAUUUUUACGCGCUCACUGUACACUGACCGUACUUAUCAACGCUCACGCGUUGUUGUUUAUUAUUAUUAUUAUUAUUAUUUUUUUUUUAUACACCGUCGUCGUAAUAUAUUUAUCACAAUAUAUAAUAAUAUAUUAUACUACCUACAUGUGUAACUCACGGCGCUAAUCGUUCGGCCGCCCGUUAUAUAUUGUUUACAUUGCACCAAAGUAUGAUGGAUACUAAAAAAGAUUUUGAAUUUGAAGAACUUAUAAUAUGUGGCUGUUGCAAGCAGAAAUUCAAUGAAACAGAAUUUGUGCCAAAAGAACUUAGUUGUAAACACUGUUUUUGUUUGCAAUGUGUUAAGACUACUAUGCUCAAAGGUUUAGAAGUGUACUGCAUAAAUUGCUGGAAACGUACUGAAUUAGAUGAGCAAUCUCCAGAGACUCUACGAACACAAAAGUCAAUUCUCAGUCUAAUUAGACACCUGGCAAAUGUUAAAGUCAAUAAAUCUGUUGAUAAAGAACGAAAGGGUGAAAAUUGUCAUACUCAUGGAAUGCCAUUUUCAUUUUGGUGUUACAAUUGUCAACAGCUGUUAUGUCGAGCGUGUGGAACUCAAUCUGAUCAUAUUGGGCAUUCUAUAAAAUCUAAUAAUGAUGCACGUGACCAUCUAAUCAGUGAAGUUCAAGUUGAAACUAUAGCUAUUGCUAAAUUGAUGAGUGAAAUACAAAAUUUAUUCGGACACAAACGCCAAUUUCUCUUAAGGGUUUUAGACGCUUGUAACACACUAAAAACUCAAAUUGAACUUGAACUAAAUAGUGGUUGGACUCAAAAUACAAAUGAUUUACUGCAGACCAAUGAAGCUUUGAAUAGUAUUAAACCGUCAAAUUUACGUACAGAUGAUUUAUAUGAUUUACAAUUAUAUUUAAAUCGGUUAGAACAAGUGAAACAGAAAGUACAAAAUAAAUACUCUGAACAAUUUGCACAUGGCCAAUUAGAAGAUAUUAUAUCUUCUACUAACUUAUUAGAUUUUAGUAUGAUCAAACAAUCGUUGUCGUCAUUACAGUCCAUGGCUUUAGAAUCAUAUAAAUCUGCAGAUUUGGCAAAUCCAAAUACUCAUAUUUUUUUCUUGGCUAACUAUUGCACAGCACAAUUGUUUACAAGAUAUGUAUUACCUAAACAUGUCACACAACUUGUAAAUGGACCAGAAUUUUCAAAAAAUUCUCCUGGAAAUUCAUCUACUACUCAAUACACAACAUCUCUUUCUUCAAUUUCAUCAAAUGAACCAGUACUAAUAACUUCACAAAACAGUCCACCUCCAGCUAUUUUGAAUAGCGUACCUUCAAUACGUAAUGUUAAUACUUUCCCCAUGUUUUACUUUAAUAUUGAAGUAAACGGGACAUCAUUUGGUCGUUUAGUCAUUGAAACUCGUCCAGAUGUAGCGCCAAAAAUGUCUAAAAAUUUUGAAGUAUUAACGGUGGGAGAUACAAGUGGUUUUUCAUAUAAAGGCUGCUCAAUAUUUCAGUGUUGGGAAGGAGAAUCUGUGAUUACAGGUGAUUUUGAAUUAAACAAUGGUCGUGGCGGUAAAUCUAUAUAUGAUGAAAGUUACUUCAUGCCUGAUGAUACUAAGUUUCCUGCAGUUCGAGGAGCUGUAGGAAUGCGUCGCACUCAAAAACGUCAUGACAAUAUGGGUAUGGUUGGAUCACAGUUUCGUAUUAUACUACAAGAGAUGCGUGGGUUUACAGCAAUUUUUGGACAUGUGGUAGAUGGCAUUGAUCUCGUUGAAAAAAUGGCCUCGUUUGGAGAUCAAACUGGCAAACCGUCCAAGACAUUUGUCAUAUCUAGUUGUGGUAAAGUUUAACAUAACCCCCUUUUUGAUGUAAAUUUAAACUAAAUAAUCGAUCGAGUAGUUUAUAGAAACAAGUGAACAUUUAUGUGUAUUUUUGUAAUCCAUUAUCGAAGGUUUUGAUAAAUUUAUUUUAAAAUCCAAACAGUAUAUUAU